AUGAGCCCAUCCCUGCUCACAGAGCCCAACACCCAUCCCGUACCGAGGUCCAAGGCGCCGUGGACACUGCACGCCGAGACCUAUCUGCUGUUUGUGAGGAUGGCGGCGUUGCCAGAGGGUGUGUAUGACGGGGCUGAGGAGGCGUGGGGGAGGGACGAGAUGGGCGGGUUUGAGGGCGGGUUUGGGGUUGUCAUGAUUGUGAGGUAUGGGCGGACGCCUGUUGGUAUGCUUGAUGUUUUUUUUUGGUGUUUGUUCUCUUUUUCUUUUUUGGCAUGGGGUGGUUUGUUGUUUGUGGGGGGGUUGACAUCUUUUUAUAUGGUGUUGGGCUCUUUUCAUGGCGUUUGA